AAGAUGGAACCUUUAUAAACCACUGAGAUGGAAUCUACCAAGUUGUUGUCUUUACUGAGAGUAUGCACCAGUGCCAAGUCUCUAAAACAAACCAAGCUUCUUCACCAGAGAACACUCGCGUUGGGAUUGCAAAGCGACGUCGUUCUAUGCAAAAGUCUCAUCAAUGUCUACUUCGCUUGCAAGGACCAUUCCUCGGCUCGUCUCGUCUCCGAGUACAACAACAUCGACGUCCGAUCAGAUGUCUACAUCUGGAACUCCCUCUUGUCCGGCUACGCGAAGAGCUCAAUGUUCGACGAAGCUCUCGAGGUUUUCAGGAGGCUUCUGAAUUGCGAUGUCUGCGUCGCAGAUUCGUACACGUACCCGAAUGUGAUCAAGGCGUGUGGCGCGCUGGGUGGAGAGUUUCGCGGCGGAAUGAUUCAUUCUCUUGUGGUGAAGAGCGGGCACGUUUGUGAUGUGGUGGUGGCGAGCUCUUUGGUGGGCAUGUACGCGAAGUUUGACUUGUUGGGAGAUUCGGUACAAGUGUUCGACGAAAUGCCUGAGAGAGACGUUGCGUGUUGGAACACGGUUAUAUCUUGUUUUUAUCAGAGCGGGGAGGCGGAGAAGGCUCUGGAGUUGUUCGAUAGGAUGGAAAGGUCGGGAUUUGAGCCGAACUCGGUGUCGCUGACGGUGGGUAUAUCAGCUUGCUCGAGGCUGUUGUGUUUGGAGAGAGGGAAGGAGAUCCAUAGAAAGUGUGUGAAGAACGGGUUUGAGUGGGAUGAGUAUGUGAGCUCUGCUCUUGUGGAUAUGUAUGGGAAGUGUGGGUGUUUGGAGAUGGCUAGAGAAGUUUUUGAGCACAUGCCUAGGAAGAGUUUGGUUGCUUGUAAUUCUAUGAUCAGAGGUUUUGUCGGUAGAGGAGAUAGUAAGUCAUGCAUUGAGAUUUUGAGUAGAAUGAUCAUAGAAGGAACUCGGCCUAGUCAGACGACAUUGACCAGCAUUCUAAUGGCUUGCUCUCGGUCAUCGAAUCUCGGGCAUGGGAAAUUCGUUCACGGUUAUGUGAUUAGGAGCUUUGUAGACGCAGAUGUCUUUUUGAACUGUUCCCUGAUUGAUCUUUACUUCAAGUGUGGUGAAAUAAAGUUGGCUGAAACCAUCUUUGCAAAUACGCAGAAGGAUGUAGUUGAGUCAUGGAAUGUUAUGAUCUCUGGUUAUGUCAGUGUAGGUAACUGGUUUAAGGCUAUUGAAGUGUAUGACGAAAUGGUGAGUGUUGGUGUGAAGCCAGACGUGGUAACUUUCACAAGUGUUUUGCCUGCUUGCUCGCAACUGGCUGUGUUGGAGAAAGGCAAGCGGAUUCAUUUGUCGAUUAGUGAGAGUGGGCUCGAAACAGACGAGUUGCUGAUGGGUGCACUUCUUGACAUGUAUUCUAAAUGCGGCGAUGUUAAAGAAGCUUCUAGAAUUUUUAAAAGUAUGCCAGAGAAGGAUGUUGUGUCCUGGACAGUAAUGAUCUCUGCGUAUGGAUCUCAUGGUCAACCCAGAGAAGCGCUUCACCAUUUUGAUGAGAUGCAGAAGUUUGGUGUAAAACCUGAUGGUGUUACUUUUCUUGCUAUUUUGUCAGCUUGCAGUCAUGCUGGGUUUAUUGAUGAAGGUAUCACGUUUUUCAGUCAAAUGAGUUCCAUUGACGGAAUCAAGCCUCAAAUUGAACACUACUCGUGUUUGAUAGACAUUCUCGGCCGAGCAGGUAGGUUGCUUGAAGCUUACGACAUUAUUCAACAAAAAACAGAGACAAGAGAUGAUGCAGAGCUUCUAAGAUCUCUCUUCUCCGCCUGUUGCUUGCAACGGGAUCAUUCACUGGGAAGUAGAAUCGCAAGGUUGCUUUUGGAGAGAUAUCCAGAUGAUGCAUCAACCUACACUGUCUUGUUUAAUAUGUAUGCUUCUAGUGAGUCAUGGGAUGCAGCAAGGGAAGUCAAAUUGAAGAUGAAAGAAGUGGGACUGAAGAAGAAGCCUGGCUGCAGUUGGAUUGAGAUUAAUGAACAAGUGUGCCACUUCUUUGCUGAGGACAGGUCUCAUCCACAAGCUGAGAAUGUUUAUGAGUGUCUUGCCCUCUUAAGUGGCCAUAUUCAAGCUGGUCAAUGAUCACUCUACUGCUGUUGCUCUGUCCCAAGACAGCAACAUCUCAGGCUAAUGUCCAAGUAACACAAAUAGUAGAUUCAGUGCAAAGUCAACUUCAGAACCAAAACCCAUAAAGGUGUUGGAGCCUGAGAGUUGUCCUCCUCUAAACUUAUCUUGACAACACCAACAUGAUGCAUAUCCUGGGGAGUUUACUUUGUGUUACCUAGCUAGAGCCACUAUGUAAUUAAGGAUCAUGUUAGGUUUCUUCCAAAUGUUGGCUGGCUAACCUCAUAUCUGGAGACAAGAGUCAACAUGUUCUUGUGACUUCCUCCCCUAACCUCUCCAAUUCGAUAAAAUUUAGAAGAUAGAUAAGAGGUCUACAAUUUUUUUAAAGUGUAGAAUAUAUGUGAAGCAAAAAUUUCG